AUUCGUAUGUUUAACAAAAUAUAUUCAUAGAUUCACCAAAACCCCACGAAAAACCCACCAUAUAAAUAUACAUACACAUAUACGUACACAUAUAUUUCUCUUUGAAACUGGCAAUGGAUUUUCAAGUAGUGGUUUUAGCCGGUGGCAAUUCAAAGAAUCUAACUCCCCUUGUUUCCAAGGAAUUGCCUAAACCGCUGCUUCCGGUGGCUAACUGCCCUGUUCUUAACUACGUUUUGCACCAAUUGGAACAAAGCAACCUUAAAGAUCUAAUUGUUGUGGUUGAAGGAGAAGAUGCAGCUCUUUUCGUUGGUGCUUGGAUUUCUGGGACUUUCAUUGAUCGUUUACAUGUUGAGAUUGCUGCAGUCCCUGAGGAUAUUGGAACUGCUGGGGCACUUCGGGCAAUCUCACAUCACCUCACAGCAAAAGACAUUUUGGUCGUGAGUGGUGAUCUUGUUUCUGAUGUUCCUCCUGGUGCUCUUGCUGCCACCCAUAGGCGACAUGAUGCGGCAGUGACUACAAUGCUUUGCUCUAUUCCUGUUAGUGGACCUUUAGAGUCAGGAUCCUCCGGAGGAAAAGAUAAAGCCAAGAAACUAGGAUGUUACAACAUCAUUGGACUGGACCCUAGCAAACAAUUUUUAUUACACAUAGCUACGGGAGCAGAAAUUGAGAAAGAUGCUCGAAUUUCAAAGCGCAUUCUCCAUGCUGUAGGCCAGAUGGAAAUGCGAUCUGAUCUCAUGGAUGCUCAUAUGUAUGCAUUCAAGAGGUCUGUCCUGCAAGAAGUUUUAGACAUAAAGGAUACGUUUCAAAGCUUGAAAGAGGAUGUAGUUCCUUAUCUUGUCCGGAGCCAGCUGAAAUCCGAGGCCUUACUAAAUAGAACACCGCAAGGUGAAGAAAACAGUAACGAGAAGGUUAGUUCCCAGAACAAUCAAGCAUUCAUCUCUCGAAUCCUUGCUAACGCAUCUACCCCAAGCUUUCACGGACUCUAUUCUGAGAAUCCCGAUGGUUCUUCUUCUACUCGGAAAACCCAUAAAUGCUGUGUUUAUAUUGCAAGCAGCAGCAGUUAUUGUGUGCGCUUAAAUUCCAUUCAAGCUUUUAUGGACAUAAAUCGAGAUGUCACUGGUGAUGCAGAUCAUCUGCUAAGUCCUAAUAAUAUUAUAGGUCCUUCACCGAAGCUCGGAACCAAAACUACUGUGGGGCCAAACUGUAGGCUGGGUGAAGGUUCGGAAAUGGGUGACAAAUGCCAAGUAAAACGGUCAAUCAUUGGUCGUCACUGCCGGAUAGGUUCCCAUGUGAAGGUUGUCAAUUCAGUUGUAAUGAAUCAUGUUACCAUCGGCGAUGGCUGUAUAAUACAGGGCUCCGUGAUUUGCAGCAACGUUCAGCUACAAGAGCGCGUUGUAUUGAAAGAUUGCCAAGUCGGGGCUGGUUUUGUUGUCACUGCCGGAAGUGAGUAUAAGGCAGAAUCUUUGGCUAAAAAGGAGAAAUGAGUGAAAGCUGUAUCCCUGAAUUACUUAGAAAAAAAGAAUGCCGGUCUCGACUCUUGACUCCCGGCCCGUCUCGUUUUUGCUUUCGAGACAGUACUUUUUCUGGAACUGCUGAUGCUACAUUGCUUGUGAAGGUAAGACCAAUGUCUAAUGAGCGUGUAUUGUCCUGCUGCUCCCAUUUUAUUUGCUUUCUGAAUAGAUAUUGUGUUGCUUAUAUAUAUAUAUAUAUAUAUAUAUCAUGGACUUUGCCCUAUGUAUUUUUCAUUCACUAGAGAAUAUAUAUACAUAGACUAAGCCCAAUUUUGGUCCUUUUUUUCUUAAUAUAUGUUCAAAUCUUUCUAGUCCUGGAAGGAACAA